UAGAGUGCAAGAUAGAAAGUAAAUUAUGAAGAAAAGGGGAAGGAGAAAUUUUGAGGUAGUUUAUUUGUGAAGAGAUUUGAUCGGAUCACCAUGUUAAGAUUAAGUCUCCUGCUUCUCCUGCUCGCCCGCUCGGCUUACUCGACGCUGCUGGGAUGGGUCGAAUCUCCAGGUUAUCCCACUGGAUAUUUGCCGCAUGCCAGUCUAAACUGGAGCAGGUGCCCCAAAGGUCACGUCCUCUCCAUCAAGCUCAUCCACCUGGAUCUCGAGGACAGCCAAGACUGUGAAAACGAUGCAGUGAAGGUCUUUUCAAAUGGAAACCUGAUCUCAGUUCUGUGUGGCAAAAGAGAAUUUGAGGAGCUUGAGUCUACUGUAAAUCCCUCGCUCCUCUCCGCUCCGGGUGGCUGCCUCUCUCUCUCGUUCCACUCUGACUACUCAAACACCAAGAGGCACACUGGCUUCAGAGGCUUUUACACCGAUCAAGACUUUGACGAAUGUAAGGACGACCCUGACAACAGAUGCACCCAGUUCUGUCACAACUACAUUGGAGGGUACCACUGUUCCUGUCGCCAUGGUUACUUCCUGGACACGGAUAAACACACCUGCACAGUGAGUUGCACUGGGGAUCUGUCAGGGCUGAGCCAAGGGGACGUAUCCACUCCGUCCUGGCCCGCUUCAUAUGCAGAGAACGCCAAUUGUCAGUACACGCUGUCUGUGGCGGCCACCCUGCAACUGGAGCUGCACUUCUCUGACGACUUCGAUGUGGAGCAAAGCCCUGAUGGUCAAUGCAUAGACGCACUGAGGAUUGAGACUCCCUCUGGGACUCUGGGCCCAUUCUGUGGCCAAACGCCUCCCCCCUCUCCUUUUCUUACUCACUCACAUCAUGUCGUCAUCCGCUUCACCUCUGAUGGUUACGGCACCAACAAAGGCUUUUCUUUCCACUUCAAGACCACAGAUAAGGUUUGUCCAGCGGUGGUGACCCCACACUCCACUCUAACUCCUCAGCGACCAGAAUAUUCUCAGGGUGAAAAAGUGACAGUAACUUGUGAAUUUGGCUACGUUGUGGACACUCAAGGCGCCCACGCCCUGUUGUCAGAGUAUGUGACAAAAUGUCAGAGUACAGGUGUGUGGACUCCCACUUACAUCUGUGAACCUGUGGAUUGUGGUGUUCCCGAUAUCCCAGAAGAUGGCAUCCUGCAGUUGGUGGGCUCAGCUGACCCACACACUCAGUAUAAAGACCAGAUCCAGUUUAACUGCAGCUCAAAGUACUACAAUCUGGAAGGAGACGACACGUACACCUGCAGCGCCAGCGGUGAGUGGAUGUCAGUUGGCGGCCUGACAGAGAUGCCGAAAUGCACUGAAGUGUGCGGGGAGCCUGAAAAACACUUUUCCAGUACAGGCAGAAUUUUGGGAGGUAGCGAUGCAAAUUUAGGAGAGAUACCUUGGCAGCUUUUGAUCAGAGAGCCGAGCAGAGGAGGAGCAUCACUGAUUAAUGACCGAUGGGCUGUCACAGCAGCUCAUGUGGUGGAGGGGUUAAAUGACGUCUCUUUGCGCCUGUAUGGUGGACUGGUAGAUGGAAGAACAGCAGAGAGGUCGCGCAGUGUAGUUAUCAUGAACAGUGAGAGGAUCAUAACUCAUCCCGGCUACAUCAAGGGCAAUGAGGAAGGCAUUAAUUUCGACAACGAUAUUGCUCUUAUCAGAUUAGCUUCUAGGGUGAAUUUAGGCCCAAACCUCCUUCCCAUUUGUCUGCCAGAGGCGAACAGUGGCUUUUUGGAAAAUGAACAAGGCACAGUGUCAGGAUGGGGGGCAACAGGAGCCGCUUCCAAGUCUGCUCUAUUAAAGUAUGCUCAAAUUCAUGUCAAAUCCCUGACAGAGUGUGAGAAUACACCUCCAACACCAACUAACAAACGCAUGCUUUUCACUACUAACAUGUUCUGUGCUGGUGCUGAUGGAAAGGACAGCUGCAGGAGAGACAGUGGAGGUCCAUUUUUUACACGUAUGUCAGCUGAUGGCACAGAGCGUUAUUAUCUGACCGGCAUUGUGUCCUGGGGAGCCCAAUGUCGAGAGAGGCAGUACAAGGGUUAUUAUACCAAGGUGGCAAAUUAUGUUAACUGGAUUAAAGAGACAAUAGAUACAAUAGAAAACUCUUAGACAGAGGAAAGAUGAGAGAGACAAUACUUUUCCUCUUGCCAUAAUAAUAUAAUCCAUUUCAGGACUGAUUCAGAUCUAUAAAAUAAAAAUGUUUCAGAAAAUAAAGACUAAAUUCCUGUAAUCAACAUUAGGAUGCGAUUGCAUUCAUGCCUCACUUUUGUAUUAAAGGAAUUUGCAAAUCA